ACUAUAAAUGCCAUACAACGCAAAUAACAACGUUCUUAAGUAUCUGUUGCUUAAAGCGAAGUUCACGGUUCAAUAGUUACAAACUUAGUUAAAUAUUCUAAAUCCAAGUUUAUUGUUCGAAUAUUUAAAAUGUUUUCAAAAACCAUGAUACUGUUUUUUUGCGUGGCAUUGUAUUUUUCGAAUUGUCAAGAUGCUCCUCCUAAUCAAAAUCAACUUGAAGCAAUAACAAGAAUAGUCAAUGCGCAUAAAAUAAGGGGUGGCCUGAAAUACCAAGGGCUAUUAGAAGUAGUUGACCAAGUAAAAACGGAAACAGGCGCAAAUGGAAAUUACUUCGAUCGUGAUGCUGUAGAAGCGAGAAUAAUAAACUCCUUUUUAACGAAAGAAGAUAUUGUAACUUACACUCGAAUGAUUCUAGGUGACAAUGAAUCGGCGGAGUAUAUAAGAGCUUUAUACGAUGGCCAACCAACUUAUAAGGAAGAAAUAAAAUUUGUUCAAGCAGGUUUUCUCAUUCAAGCAGCAGCACAAGCUAGGCAUAGGGAUACAGCCCCUUCUACAUUUCAACUAUUGAUAGCGGAAAUGAUAAGACUCACGUUUCUUUUUUGGACAAAAGAUGAUAUGAUUCGCAACAUUAGUGAAAAAUUAAAUUUCAAUUAAUAAAAUUAAUGCGUGUGUGUACUAUAUAGUAUGACACAUACAAAAAUGUAGUCUUGAUUGAUUAAUAAAUCAUUUUGCUCUUACA